AUGCCCGCCGGCGCAGACGACCGCGCCGUGUGGUCGCUGCUCGUCGGCUACUUUUCGAGCUUCUCCCUGGGCGAAAGCUUGCUACGCCUGCACUGGUUCCGCGUCGCGCGCUCGGGUCGUGUCCUUGGCCGGAGCAGCGAUGCCCUCGAGAUCUGGGACGACGUCGACUACGACUACGAAGCCAAGGACGCAUCGUCGCACGUCUCCAGUGCGCGCGCGACGCCGGGCCCCGACGGCCGCUCGCUCUGCCUCUUCUGUCGGGAAAUAUGGCUCGACGAUCUCGACCACAUCGUGUCCGCUCGGCCCCUGCAGCUGAACCUGAACCUGGGCGCCGCCGCCGACGACAGAGGAAUCACCGUAUCCCCCCUUCCUGGCCUACCGCCGGAACUGAAGCCGGGCAUGCCUACCCGCCCAAUCUCAGCAGCCGGCCAUCUCUGGGCGCCGUACCUCACCAUCACCGUACCAAACACUAUGACCCGUCCCGCCUCGAGAUGCUACGGCUACGCCUUGAUAAGGAUGACGGUCUGUGGGUGGAGGUCGCUAGCAUCGAGCCAUCGACUUGCCACGGCGGAAGGAUCAAGGAUCGUUGGCCGGCCGCCGCGUACUGCAGGGAUAUGCCGUGGUCGGCAGCACCAUCUUGCUAGGCUGUCGAUGCAACCGUCUCACCGCUUCUUCACCUUCGAUUGCUCCACCAACACCUUGGCUUCCGUUGCCACCACCGAGGAGGGCCGGAACUCCAGUUACACCCCAAUUCAUGAGCGUGGUGUGUACGUGGAAGAAGAUGACACCAUGUACUUUCUUAGUGGCAGUGCUGUCUAUGCCUACAAGCUGUGCAAAGAUCAGGAUCAAGAUCAAUACCGGAUGGCGCCGCCUACCAGGGUUGAUUGUCUUCUUCCUUUUUUCAAGGAAGGCUAUGGGUUGCUCACGCAUCUGGGUGGCCGGAUCAUGUGCGCUGUCUGGAUUGGCAUGUACUUCCGCUGUAAUUGCAAUACAUUGCACGCGGUGAUCACCACCUUUGUAGUCCAAGGCAACAAUGGGAGCAAACAUGAGAUGUUUGUUCCGGAACAUGUCAACAUUCUGCAUUCCACCUGCCGCCAUUUAGACAUGUCCCCAAGCAAACCCAAUGUCAUUUCCGAGUUCUGCUUCCUGCAAGAUGGGAGAUUUGCUGCUUAUGAGAUAACUGAACAAGGUGAUUCUUACUACCUCGGUGAUGAGAUUAGUCGGCCGUUUUCAUGGCGUAUAUUUUGGGACAUUGAUAGGACGUGCUUCGAUUAUGUUGGUAAAGACACAAUCUCUGGUGCCAUUAUGUUUUAUGUGGUGCAAGUUGGCCACGUGGAUAUUGGGACAUGUUUCGUUGAGCAGGGUUCAAAAAGGAUUUGGACCAGCUUUUGUUUCGUACCCCCGGAGAAAAGGGAUACCGCCUCCAAGAAAGGGACUCCCCAGAAGAAGAAUGCAAUCACAUUUCAUGGGGAAGAAGGAAGUGACAACCAUGAAAGUCGCCAUGGCCGGUGCGUGCAGACGCACCCUGAUCCUGCCAGAGAUGGUAUCAGCAGCGUGCACCAGCCCACCUUCAAGAUCUUCUGCAAGUCCGAGUCCGACGAGGGGUGCUGCCUCGCCCUCCGUGAUGGCACCCUUGUCCCCGCCGACUCCCGCGACGAGCACCAGCACUGGUUCAGGGACACGCGCCUCAGCAUAGCGAUGAAGGAUGAGGAGGGCAACCCUGUCUUCUCCCUCGUCAACAAAGCAACUAAUCUUGCCAUCAAGCACUCCCUUGGCAUGAACCACCCGGUGAGGCUGGCGAAGUUCAACCCGGACAACUAUGACGAGUCGUUGCUGUGGACGGAGAGCUGCGACUUGGGCAAGGACUUCGGCUGCAUUCGCAUGGUCCAUGACAUCAGCCUGGGCUUGAACGCCAUCCGUGCUGGUGGUGGCGUGCAUAUGCCAGACACAGACAGCACCACCGUGGUGCUCUCCAACAAGCGGGCCGAGAGCGAUACCCAGAGCUGGAAGAUCCUCUACUGGAAUGACGAAGCCAAUGCGACCUGCGGCGGGCUUUACGCCAUUCCCGCCUGCCGCGUCCACAACAAGGGUGGCGAGGGCUUUAGCCUCGCAGUCCGCGACGGUGCUGUCUGCCUCGUGCCCAACAACCCUGCCGACAAGUACCAGCACUGGAUCAAGGACACGAGGUACGGAAACAGAAUCAAGGACGAGGAAGGCUAUCCCGGAUUCGCUCUCAUCAACAGAUUCAGUGGCGAGGCCAUCAAGUUCUUCUCCGGUACCAAACCGAUACGCAUUAACGCUCUCUCAUCAACAGACCACCCUGCAGUGAAGCUCGUGCCGUACAAUCCGAACUACGUGGACAAGUCGGUGUUGUGGACGGAGAGCUGUGAUGUGGGGCAUGGCUUCCGGUGCAACUGCCCGUUGGACAGCAUCAACCUCAACUUCCAUGUCUUCCUGGAUGACAAGGACCAUGGCACCAAUGUCGCUCUCAGGCAUUGGUCCGAGUGCGACAACCAGUGCUGGAACUCUCAGGCAUUGGUCCGAGUGUGA